CACUACUUCCGGGUUUCAGCAGUCUGGUCCAGAUUCAGCUGCUCGAGCCGCGUUCAACACACACUCAUUGUACACAAACGGGGAAAGGCAGCUCGCAGCAUCGAUCGUGGCUCCUUUAAGAAAAACUAAGCCAGAAUUAUCAGCCCACCUCCUCUUGAUCUCAUUUAGAAGCUAUUGCAUAAAAAAUCAACUCAGGAGCCGAGAGUGAUCAAAGAAACGAGAGAGAGCUUCAUUUUUGUGCAUUUGAGUAGUAUUCUCGUUAGGGGUGCUAACCAGUGGAAGCGCGCAGAGGAUCAUCAUUCAUUCAGCACUUUGACAAGCUCGCGUUUGAUUGAUUGACAGCCGGAGUGGCAAAAAGCCAUGAGAUCCGCUAGUUUUGUUUGAGGGGCUAUUUUCAUACUGCUUUGGAAAAGAAGAUUUUGCUCGAUCCUUGUCGGUGUCCACGGGAAAGAAGGCGAAGGGGACCUAUUCGCUGAACGCGCCUGGCUGAACUUGUGGUGAAGGACUGGCUUCAUCGCUCGCUUGAAAGAGGCAGUUGGAUUUUUUGGGGGGAAAACAUAUCCCACAUUUGGAAUUUGCGUGUCUAUUUCCUAUUCACCCUGGCCUCAUAGGGGAUAUAUUUUUGAUUAAAGGAAGACGAGGGAGUGCGGAGGGCGAUGGCGCAGAGGUACGAAGAUAUACCCCACUAUGGGAUGGACGGAGUAGGAAUCCCGAGCACGAUGUACGGGGACCCGCACGUCGCCGCCAGAUCCAUGCAGGCUGUUCACCUGAAUCACGGGCCCCAGCUCCACUCCCACCAGUACCCGCACACAGUCCACCCCAACGCCAUGCCGCCCAGCAUGGGCUCAUCCGUCAAUGACGCUCUAAAAAGAGAUAAAGACUCCAUUUACGGGCACCCUCUGUUCCCGCUUCUAGCACUGAUUUUUGAGAAAUGUGAAUUAGCCACUUGCACACCUCGAGAGCCCGGUGUGGCUGGGGGCGAUGUGUGUUCAUCAGAGUCGUUCAAUGAGGAUAUAGCAGUGUUUGCAAAACAGGUACAUGAACUUUGUGACAAUUUCUGUCAUCGGUACAUCAGCUGUUUGAAGGGAAAGAUGCCCAUCGACUUGGUUAUAGAUGACAGAGAAGGAGGAUCAAAAUCAGACAGUGAAGAAAUUACAAGACCCCAUGAUCAGACUUCAUGGAACAGAGACCAUGACGAUGCAGCUUCUACACGCUCCGGGGGAACACCAGGACCAUCCAGUGGAGGACACACAUCGCACAGCGGUGACAACAGCAGUGAACAAGGUGACGGGCUAGACAACAGUGUGGCGUCACCUAGCACGGGAGAUGAUGACGACCCCGACAAGGAGAAGAAGAGGAAUAAAAAACGUGGUAUCUUCCCUAAAGUGGCGACCAACAUCAUGAGGGCAUGGCUCUUCCAGCACUUGACGCACCCCUACCCUUCAGAAGAACAGAAAAAGCAACUGGCACAAGACACCGGGCUCACUAUACUACAAGUGAACAACUGGUUCAUUAACGCAAGAAGAAGAAUAGUGCAGCCCAUGAUCGACCAGUCCAACCGAGCAGUAAGUCAAGGAGCUCCCUACAACCCAGAUGGUCAGCCCGUGGGAGGCUUCGUGAUGGACGGCCAGCAGCACAUGGGAAUCAGACCACCUGGACUACAAGGCAUGCCAGGGGAUUACCUGUCACACAGUGGCCCGGUGGGUAUGGCUAUGGGGCAACCAGGCUACGGCGCCUCCCAGAUGCCCCACCACCCUGCUCAGUUGCGGCACGGCCCUCCCAUGCAUUCCUACAUCCCUGGACAUCCCCACCACCCAGCGAUGUUAAUGCACGGAGGACCACCUCACCCUGCCAUGCCCAUGUCAGCCUCUAGCCCCCCUAUGUUCAAUCCAGGAGACCCUACUAUGGGAGGACAAUUCAUGGACAUCCAUGCCCAGUAAUUUACUAAAAUGGAUUCUUUAAAUGACUGCUAUGGAUAGAAGAGGAGCUGCGAUUGGUUUUUCUGGGGCUUGCCAAGCACGAUUAUAUACUGACUUGUUACAGAGACUGAGGAGCUUGCAUCUUGGCUAUAGAUUCGGACUAAGAAAGAAGCCCGAUUUCUGUAUACUAUGGGAUGCUUUAAAAGGAGGUGCCCUUUGCUUAGACACAAAAAGUGAGAGAGAGAAAGAAAGAUUGGAUUUAUUACUAUAUCAGCCUCUAAAGGGGAGGGAUGAGGACAUACUGUAUACUGUUGUAAAAUUGCAUUGGACUUUCAUAUGAACUGGGAAAAAAAGUAUUGUAAAUGCUAUCGUAUUGUUCUGCAUAUUAUGUUGUUUCUAAUAGAUUUUUUUUAAAAAGGAUGUGAACUUUUUU